CCAAUUUCUCUUCGUCGGAAGUACCCGCCGUACUUCACCGUCACGGUAGAUUCGCUGGCACACGUGGCUCGACAUGAUAGGACGAUGUUCUCCUCUGUAUCCUCAUUAAAUAUCAUAGCGGCCACCGGCAUCUCGUUCUUCCUCCCUUCCUAUUUAAACGCACGCGCACAUACCAAUUUUGGAACGACCGCAUAGAACUGCUUCUUCAACCUCUUGUUUCGGCGCGGAUUUUGAUCCCAAAAUUUCGACUUCUUAUGCGGUCGCUGCGUUCCUUCCCCGGAGUUCUCGACGACUCCAUGAACAAUGGCCUCGAAGCUAUCUUCUCUCGGCCGCCGACUCUGCGCUCCGUCAGCUUCAACGGCCGCGACUCCGAUCCUUGCGUGCUCAAGACCUUCUGCCGUCGGAUGAGCUUCAUCCGGAGGGAGAUGGAGAUCCCCACGAGGACUCUCUCGAGGCCUGCAGUUUCCCCCAAAUUCUCGAGGCUGAACCCUUUUCCGAAUCGUCGAUUCGCCUCGCCGGAGGAGUUCGUCGGCCCCGGCAGCCCCAAGCACGAGGCCGCCGUGAAGCUGCAGAAGGUCUACAAGAGCUUCAGGACCAGAAGGCAGCUGGCGGAUUGCGCCGUCCUCGUGGAGCAGCGCUGGUGGAAGCUGUUAGAUUUCGUGCAGCUCAAGCGGAGUUCGGUGUCGUUCUUCGAUCUCGAAAAGGCUGAAUCGGCGGUGUCUCGGUGGUCUCGAGCAAGAACCAAAGCUGCAAAGGUCGGAAAGGGCUUGUCCAAGGAUGAGAAAGCUCAAAAACUUGCUCUGCAGCAUUGGCUAGAGGCAAUCGAUCCGCGACAUCGUUAUGGACACAAUCUCCAUUUCUACUAUGAUUGUUGGGUUCAAUGUGAGAGUAGGCAGCCAUUUUUCUACUGGCUCGAUGUCGGAGAAGGAAAGGAGGUGAAUCUCGAAGAACAGUGCACUCGAUCUAAACUCCAACAACAAUGCAUCAAGUAUCUUGGUCCAAAAGAACGGGAGGCCUAUGAAGUCGCGAUUGAAGACGGGAAGUUCUCCUACCGGCAAAGCGGGCAACUCCUAGACUCAUCCGAUGGUCCAAAAGGUGCAAAGUUGAUUUUUGUGUUGAGCACUUCAAAGGAAUUGUAUGUUGGACAGAAGAGGAAAGGCAUAUUUCAGCACUCUAGCUUUCUUGCUGGUGGUGCUACUUCUGCUGCUGGAAGACUGGUUGUAGAAAAUGGAAUUCUGAAGGCUGUGUGGCCUCAUAGCGGGCACUACCGCCCGACCGAAGAGAACUUCCAAGAAUUUAUGAGCUUUCUUGAGGAGAACAAUGUGGAUCUUACUCAUGUCAAGAAAAGUCCAGCCGAAGAGGAUGAUGAACUCGCCGGUCGACUUGGGAAAAGCCAUUCAGAAUUGGUCAUAGCUGAAAGAAGUGUACCUGAAAAACCUGAAACUGAAGUAUCUGAAGAACCUGAUGGCUCAGUAGACAAGCAAUUCGAUCUCGUGUUCAAUAAGCAAACGAUAGCCGAAGACCAUCAGGGGAAUGAAGAAGUAAAUCUGAACAUGUCAGAUACUGAGAAUGAUGCAUCCUACAAAAGAUCAUCUGAUGACACUGAGCAACAAUGCAGCUUCUGGAAGAGGAAACUCUUCCUCGAGGAGGACCGAGAAGAGGAUCAACGAGAAACCGUCCCCUCGGAACUGAUACUCCGAAGGAUAAACUCGAAGAAAGGCAUCAAAUCCUAUCAGCUAGGGAAACAACUUUCUCUGAGGUGGACAACAGGUGCAGGACCAAGAAUUGUGUGUGUUAGGGACUACCCUUCAGAGCUGCAGGUCCAGGCUCUGGAGCAAGUGAGCUUGUCGCCGCGAAGUGCAGCCGUCGCCGCCCGGUUUGCUUCGCCGAGGACUUAAACUCGAUAACCAAAUGGUGUUGAAUGGAUCGGUUUUGUAGAUGGUGUAAAAUUGAUGUACUAAAGGAAAGCCAUUUUUCCCUUGAUCAAGAAGUCCCUCAAAGAGGAAAUCAAUAAAAUUUGUU